GGGGGGGGAACGGGACGCUUUGGGAUUUCAUUUUCUCUCUUUUCUACCUCUCAUUGAAUAUGAAAACAGAUAAAAAUGGAGGCAGCUCCUUGGCUGUGAGCAUACUGAACUGUGGAGGCGCAUUCAAAGCACCUUCUUCUCUCAAAGAAUUUUGGGCACCGUAGUUUGUUAAGGACUGCUGCGAACUGUAAUUCCGUGAGGGGGUAAACUACACUUCACAGAAUUCUUUGAGGGAAAGAAUGUCCAUUGAGUGUGCUUUUAUUGUGCACACAGCGUUUCUGCUACCUGUCGGUGUUCAUUUCUUUUCUCUCCACCCGCCCUCCACCCCAGCACCUAAAUUAAGGAUCAGCGACUGGAAGCCCCUUAGGUCCAUGCAGAAUUUUUUUUUGGGGGGGGGGAGUGUGAUGAUGUGUACUGCAUUGGCCUCCAGACUACCAACUAGCCAGGAAACAAGCAGUCUAGCUUGCUUUUGAGACUUGAUUUCCAGGAAUCAACAGGCGAAGCUUUCCAAGGUAUGGAGCUCAACACUGUAAUCUGUUUAUGGCUGUAGAUUAGGGAUGAGGAGCCUGAAACCAUCCCGUUAUUUUGUUGGAUUACAACUCCCAUCAUUACUGAACAUUGGCCAUGCUGGCUAAGGCUAAUGGGAGUUGGAGUUCAACAUUGAUCUGGAGGGCACCACAUCCCCUAUCCUUGCUUAGAAGAUCAGUGCCAUCAAAGGGACAACUAGAACGACAGCUUCAAAAAGUUGGUAAUCUUCAUUGGCUCAGCAGUCUUCAAACCUUUCUCAAAGGGCUGUCCUGAAAAAAGGUAGUUGCCAUCCAGGAGCACCAGACCUUAGCACGCCGCAAUGGCCUCAAUCCUCCAGUGCUGCCCUUUCCUGACUCGGGACCCGGCCACCUUCCUGCGCCGAUGUCGGCCCCUGCUGGUCAGCAGUGCCCAGCGCUGCCCUGUGAUGGUGGCCCGAGCCUUCUCUCGUUCUCAUGCUGACCAGCAGCACGGAAAAGAGACCCAUGGAGAUACUGGCUCCACCGCGCAGACGGCGCCCCUGCGUCUCCCCUCCACGCAGUGCCCUUUCAUGGAGUCAGAGCGCAAAAGCGGCCAGAAUUCCUUCGUGCAGGAGGCAAAACCUGAGGUCCAGGAAGAUGUCAGGCCUUUCAAGUCAGGCAUGUGGACUUCCCUAAUAAGGGAGGUGCAGUCCAGCCUCAAGAGGAAGUUGCUCGAUUCUGACAAAGCGUCACACCUCCUUCGGGACAACAUGCCAGCAGGGAGCAAAGUGUUUGAGUACGACCAAUUCUUUGAGGCAAAGAUCCAAGCGAAGAAGCAAGAUCACACCUACCGGGUCUUCAAGACAGUGAAUCGUAGGGCCGACGCCUAUCCCUUUGCCGAGGACCAUUCUGGCUCCCAGGUGGAAGCCCGUGAGGUGUCGGUCUGGUGCAGUAAUGACUACCUGGGAAUGAGCCGCCACCCUCGAGUCAUGCAGGCCAUCCGGGAUACUCUGGAUCUUUACGGAGCUGGAGCUGGAGGCACCAGGAACAUUUCUGGCACCAGUAAGUUCCACGUGGAGCUGGAGCAAGAACUGGCCAGCCUGCACAGCAAAGACGCUGCCCUGCUCUUCUCUUCUUGCUUCGUGGCCAAUGACUCCACCCUCUUCACUUUGGCCCGCAUGAUGCCAGAGUGUGAGAUCUAUUCAGAUGCAGGCAACCAUGCCUCCAUGAUCCAGGGCAUCCGAAACAGUGGAGCACCAAAGUAUGUCUUCCGGCAUAAUGACCCCCAACACCUGGAGGAGCUCCUGAGCAAAGCCAAUGCCGACACUCCAAAGAUUGUUGCCUUUGAGACUGUCCAUUCCAUGGAUGGUGCCAUCUGCCCACUGGAGGAAAUGUGUGACGUGGCACACCGCUAUGGAGCCAUCACCUUCGUGGAUGAGGUUCACGCAGUGGGACUUUACGGGGCCCACGGGGCUGGCAUUGGUGAACGCGACGGAGUGAUGGGCAAGAUAGAUAUCGUCUCUGGCACCCUGGGGAAGGCGUUCGGCUGUGUGGGUGGGUACGUGGCCAGCACCAAGUCUCUGAUCGACACAGUGCGCUCCUAUGCAGCGGGAUUCAUCUUCACCACCUCCCUGCCCCCCAUGGUGCUGGCUGGGGCCCUAGAAUCGGUCCGGGUCUUGAAGAGCCCCGAGGGGCAGGCUCUGCGCCGCUCCCACCAGCGCAAUGUCAAACACAUGCGCCAGCUGCUGAUGGACGCCGGGCUUCCUGUGGUCAGCUGCCCCAGUCACAUCAUCCCCAUACGGGUUGGAGACGCAGCCCUGAAUUCUCAGCUCUGUGACCUGCUUCUGUGUGAAUACAACAUCUACGUCCAAGCCAUCAAUUACCCUACUGUGCCUCGGGGGGAGGAGCUGCUGCGGCUGGCCCCCUCGCCCCAUCACACGCCACCCAUGAUGGAUUACUUUGUGGAGAAGCUCCUGGCAGCCUGGCAGGAGGUAGGGCUGCCUCUGCAGGCCGCCGUCUCCCCCGAGUGCAACUUCUGCCGCCGCCCGCUCCAUUUUGCCCUCAUGAGCGAGUGGGAGAGGGAUUACUUCGGCAACAUGGGCCCCCGCUACAUCACUCUUUGCGCCUGAGGAGCCAGCCUCUGCACACAUACACAGUCUUACUGGAAGAGACGCAAGGAUGUCAACACUUGGCGCUGCCAAAUGGAAAGAGGGUAUCCGAGUGUAAUAAAAAAUAUGCCACUGUCGC